AUGGCGACAUGUAGUUUCGAUAUGCAAUUCACUUACAUCAAUACCAGAUGGGAAGGAUCAGUUGCUGAUUCCAGAAUGUUAACUGAGACUCUGAGAGAUCCAGAGAACCAAUUCGUGGUGCCACCCAACCCAAAAUAUUACGUUGUGGAUUUUGGUUACAGCAACAUGCAAGGCUUUUUGGCACCAUUUCGUGGUCAGAAGUACCAUAUUCAACAGUUUAGAAAUGGUGGCCAACCAACGGAACCACAAGAGUUAUUCAAUUAUUAUUACUCUUCACUGCGUAAUUGCAUAGAGGGGUGCUUUGGGGUCUUGAAAGCAAGGUUUAAAAUUCUUAAGCUUGUGACCAAUUAUUGGAUGCCAAGACAAUGGCUUAUACCAAUUGCUUGUUGUGUGAUCCACAAUUUAAUUAAGAUGUACGCACGAGAUGAUCCUAUGUCGAUUUGCCCUUAG